CAGAGCACCGAGCGCAGCGCACGACACAUCGUCGUCGUCUUUCGGACACGGUCGCGCAGUUAGUUCGCCGCGUCUAGCCACGCGCCCAACACAUCUCACGUUGGUAUUACGCACGUCGGUUACCAUUUUGCGCGGGCGAAACCAUUACCGCAGUUCCGUUGCUGUCGACCGUGUUAUUCGUUUUGCGAGCCCGUUUUUUUGGGGUUUUUACUCCGUCGUCGUCGUUGUAUUGUUUUCGGUUCGUUUUCCGUAUAACGAGAUUUUUUCGGCUCUUUUUCUCGCGAAUCUUUCGAACGCAUUAUUUCGUCCGCACUCGUCUCCCUAUACGUAUAUUCUCGGUAACGCCUCGUCGUUUGAAUUUGUGUUUUCCCCUCGUUUUCUUCUCGACCGGCUAGGCCGACCGAUCGUCGCCACUGCAGCGGUCCACACACGUCUCGAGCAGCGCAAAAGACGAGACCAAGUGUGAGACGCGGCGCCUCAACUGCCACGCGAUCGUACCCGCUUCGGUCCGAGUACCCGAGGCCUGUCGCAGACAGCCGUAGCCCUAAACAACCCGAGCCCGCGAACCUCAUCCGUCACAGGCAUCGUCGGUCAUGCACCAUCAGGUGGCCCAUCCGCACUGGAUCGCGGCAGCCGUACAGUCGUGGGGCUUGCCCCAGCAACUGGGCCCAUCACAGAACAUGUUGGCGCUGGCCGCCAUGGCACCAGCCGCCCCGGGUGCCGCGCCAAUUGCAUUCAUCGGACUUCAUCCGCAUCAUCACCCGCACCACCAUCAUCACCAUCAUCCUCAUCAUCUAAACGCGCACGCGAUCCCGGCCCAACCGUUGCAACCGUCCCCGCCACCACCGCCGCCACCGCAGCACCCUAGCCAUCUGGCCGGCCACCCAGCUACCACGGCGGCCGCUGCCGUGGCGCUACUCAAUCAGCUGCAUCACCAUCAGCAGCAGCAGGAUCUCGCGCACCUGUUGCUCCAGCAGCAGCAGCAGCAGCAACAACAGCAGCAGCAACAACAACAACAGCAGCAGCAGCAGCAGCAGCAACAACAGCAGCAACAGCAACAGCACCAGCACCAGCAACAGCUCACGCCACUGCAGCCGCAACUUCAGUCUGACGAAGAGCCCAUAACACACAAACGGAAAUACUUAGCAGACGACCGCAGUGACUCGGGCAAGGAUUUGAAAAAAGCCAAAUUGGAAACAAAAGCUCUCAAAGCGAAACGGCCUGGAUUCACCGAUGAAAGAUACAAUGAGACAUCGUAUUAUAUUGAAAACGGUUUGCGAAAAGUUUAUCCAUACUAUUUUACAUUCACUACAUUUACCAAGGGCCGAUGGGUAAAUCAGAAUAUACUGGACGUAUUCGCUAGAGAGUUCAGAGCUCAUCCCGCCGAAGAAUACGAACGUUGCAUAAAAUCCGGCUCGUUGACGGUGAAUUAUCAAAAAGUGGACACGCAAUACAAGUUGAAACAUAACGAUCUGUUGGCCAACGUAGUGCACAGACAUGAAGUACCGGUUACCAACGAGCCAAUAACGAUCGUGCACAUGGAUGACGACAUCGUUGUAGUCAACAAGCCUGCAAGCAUUCCGGUUCAUCCGUGCGGUCGUUACCGACACAACACGGUGGUAUUUGUGUUGGCCAAAGAACAUAAUCUGAGAAACCUCAGGACCAUACACCGUCUGGACAGGUUGACCAGUGGCUUGCUGAUGUUCGGAAGAACACCUCGGUACGCCCGAAUCAUGGAGGCGCAAAUCCGCAACAGACAGGUGAACAAACAGUACGUUUGCCGAGUCGAAGGAAAAUUUCCCGAGCAAACGAUCGAGUGCAAUCAUCCAAUCGAAGUAGUCAGCUACAAGAUUGGCGUGUGCAAGGUGUCCAGCAAGGGCAAAACGUGUUCAACGACAUUCCAAUUGGUCGGCUACAACGAGAAGACCAACAUCAGCGUGGUCCUGUGCUUCCCACAUUCGGGACGCAUGCAUCAGAUCAGGGUUCACCUACAAUACCUAGGGUUCCCCGUUAAAAACGAUCCGCUGUACAACCACGUGGUAUUCGGACCGGAAAAGGGUCGCGGUGGCGUCAUCGGCAAGACGGACGAGCAACUGAUUCACGACUUGAUCAACAUACACAACGCCGAGAACUGGUUGGGUAUGGACGGCGACUCAGAACUGAUGCCGAUAUUGAAAGACGUCGACGUCGUGGACGAGGGAAAGAAGACACCGCCGGGUUUCAAGAAAAACGAGUCGUCAACUGUGGAACAACAACAGCAGACGAAAGGCAGUCAGACCAAUAAUCGGGCACUAAUGCAGUACGACAACGCGCUGAACGUGUCAACGCAGACAGGACAAGACGUGCCGGACAUGGAUUUCGAUGCGGAAAAACUCACAUACGACCCUCAUUGCUACGAGUGCAGAGUGAAAUUCAGGGACCCAAAACCAAAAGACCUCAUCAUGUACUUGCACGCUUGGAAGUAUAGUGGACCAGGAUGGAGUUACGAAACGGAUCUUCCAACGUGGGCCAACGUCGAUUGGAUGGAACCGGAAUAAAUAUAAACCUUAAUACAUAUAAUAUGGUGGGCCAGAAAUUACAUGAAAAAAAGAAGAAAAAAUUAGAAAAAAGCUAAUGAAGAAAAUUUGUUUCUGCCCGAGUAACUUUUAGACCACUCUAAGAUAUUAAGAUAUCAUAAUUAUAAUAUUACUAUUAUUCUUAAUCAUGAUUUUAGUACUCAUGCGUAAAAAAAAAAUGAGUGCUCAGUUUUUUUUUUUUUUUUUAU